AAUCCUAAAACCUUAUCUCUUAAUAUUCCUAACAUCCUCAGUCUAGUAUCUGUAUCCUGCAUCCAUGGACCUUUCUCUUCCUCAAACUUCCUUCCUUGUCUCUGACCAAUCAGCUACACUUCCCCCUUCUUCUUCUUCCGAAGCUGAACACAAGCACGUUAAUGGUAUCAAUGUCGGUUCCGACUCUGAGAAUGAUGGGUUCAUCAGCGGUGAAGAUGAAGAGUUGGAGACCGAGCCCACCAUGCCCGUUCUUGUAUACCCACCUGGGAAGCACGCUUUGGAUGACCCUUUUGUUGAUUCUGGGGAAACUCAGAGGCCUGUUGCCAAGGUAACCAUGGAUGAUGAUGAUGAUGAUGAUGAUGAUGAAGAUGAGGAUAACAGGUUUGUUGAUGGGGAAGAUGAUUCGAACGGCGUCGUUUUGGAGCAAGGCGGUGGUGACGGUGAUGGGAAAGAGCAAUUGGAUGAACCGGUGAAAGAGGGUGACUUUAGUGACACCCAUGAGGUUUUUGUGGAGGCUUCUGGUGUCGGUGAUGAGGGGUUCGAAAGUGGGGAUUUUGAAGGAGUUUCUGCUAUGAAGAAUGAUGAGGAGGAGAUUGUCAAUGAAGAAAGCGACGAGGUUUUACAUGAUAGACAGCAGGUUGAUGAUGGGAAUGAUCAUCUGGAAUCUUCUGUUGUUGUAAAUGAUGAUGAUGUCAAGUUUACAAGUGGUGAAGAGUCCCUUGUUGACACUCUAAAUGCUAAUCUGUUGGGGUCUGGAGUGGCUGUUGUUGGGGAUAAGGUGGAAGUUGAUGAGUCUGAGAUUAAAGGGGUAGAGGCUCCGGCUUGUAAUGUGAGCCUGGAUAAUGGUUUUGAUCCAAUUGAGCAGGUUUCUGAAGGUGUUUUUGAUAAGGUUGCUGAUGGGGAUGCUGAGUCUGGUCAAAAUGUUGACACUGGAACUCAUGAUGAUACUGGACAUGUGCAGAAGAGUGACAUUGCUCCUCUUGAGAAGGGUGGAGAAGGUGUUUUUGAUAAGGUUGUAGAUAGGGAUGCUGAGUCUGGUCAAAAUGUUGGCACUGGAGUGGAUGAUGAUAGUGUACAUGUGCAGAAGAGUGACAUUGCUCCUCUUGAAAAGGGUGCUGAAGAUGUAAUAGAUAAGUUUGUGGAUGGGGAUGCUGAGUCUGGUCAAAAUGUUGAUACUGGAGUGGAUGAUGAUGGUGUACAUGGGCGUAAGAGUGACAUUGCUCCUCUUGAGGGGGAAAAUGGAAGUCAUAUUGAGGCCUCUGGUGAGGGUAAUGAGGAAGAACAUCAUUAUGGUGACAGAGAGAUUGAUGGUUCAGUGUCAGAUAAGAAGGGGGAAGGAAUGAUAUUUGGAAGCUCUGAUGCUGCCAACAAGUUCUUGGAGGACCUGGAACAUCAAUUGGGUGCCGGGGAGAGUUCGCGGGAUGAGAGAAUUGAUGGCCAGAUUGUUACUGACUCAGAUGAAGAAGUGGAAACUGAUGAUGAAGGAGAUAGCAAGGAGAUGUUUGAUACUGCUACCUUGGCUGCUCUUUUGAAAGCAGCAUCAGGUGCGGGACAAGACGGCAGCAGUAUCACAGUAACAUCUGAAGAUGGAUCAAGGCUUUUCUCUCUUGAGCGUCCUGCAGGUUUAGGACCAUCACAUUUGUCAGGUAAGCCUCCUGGGCGAUCAAUUCGCCCCAAUCUAUUCACUCCUUCCAUUAGUAGAGCUGGUACCAAUUCUGAUAGUAAUUUGAGUGAAGAAGAGAAAAAGAAACUGGAGAAAUUGCAGCAAAUUAGGAUAAAAUUCUUAAGACUGGUUCAGAGACUAGGUUUUACUCCAGAAGAAUCAAUAGCAGCACAGGUGCUGUACCGGUUGACACUUGUUGCAGGGAGGCAAACUGGUCAAAUAUUUAGCCUAGAUGCUGCAAAGGAGAGUGCAUCCAAGCUUGAAGCUGAGGGAAGAGAUGAUUUGAAUUAUUCCAUAAAUAUACUUGUUCUUGGGAAAACAGGUGUGGGCAAGAGUGCUACAAUAAAUUCAAUUUUCGGUGAGACAAGGACCAGCUUCAGUGCAUAUGGUCCUGCUACAACAGCUGUGACAGAAAUUGUUGGGAUGGUUGAUGGAGUGAAGAUAAGGAUUUUUGACACACCAGGUCUGAAGUCUUCUGCAAUGGAACAAAGUUUCAAUAGAAAAGUCUUAUCUACGGUGAAGAAGUUGACAAAAAAAUCGCCCCCUGAUAUUGUCCUCUAUGUGGAUCGGCUGGACCUACAAACUAGGGAUCUGAAUGAUCUGCCAAUGUUAAGAUCAAUUACUAGUGCCCUUGGUCCGUCGAUAUGGCGAAAUGUUAUAGUCACUCUGACUCAUGCUGCCUCUGCUCCUCCAGAUGGACCAUCAGGUACCCCAUUGAGUUAUGAUGUAUUUGUUGCUCAAAGAUCUCAUAUAGUUCAACAAACCAUUGGACAAGCUGUUGGUGACCUACGUCUUAUGAAUCCAAGUUUAAUGAAUCCGGUUUCUCUUGUUGAGAACCAUCCUUCUUGUCGAAAAAAUAGAGAUGGCCUGAAGGUGCUUCCUAAUGGUCAAAGUUGGAGACCCCUCUUGUUGCUCUUAUGCUACUCAAUGAAAAUUCUCUCUGAAGCUGGUAACCUUUCAAAAACACAGGAAUCAUUUGACCAGCGCAGGCUGUUUGGUUUUCGUACUCGCUCUCCACCACUCCCAUACUUGUUAUCUUGGCUGUUGCAGUCACGUGCCCACCCAAAACUCCCUGCUGAUCAAGGCGGGGUUGACAAUGGUGACUCUGAUAUUGAAAUGGCUGACUUGUCUGAUUCUGAUCUAGAUGAAGAUGAAGAUGAGUAUGACCAGCUCCCACCAUUUAAGCCGCUGAAGAAAUCUCAGAUUGCUAAGCUUAAUAGAGAACAGCAAAAAGCAUAUUUUGAGGAGUAUGAUUAUCGGGUGAAACUUCUACAGAAGAAGCAAUGGAGAGAGGAGUUGAGAAGGAUGAGAGAGAAGAAAAAGGGUAAUACUAAAGUGAGUGAUUAUGAUUACAUGGAAGAAGAUGAACAAGAGAAUGGAAGUCCAGCUGCUGUGCCAGUUCCAUUGCCUGAUAUGGCCUUGCCACCAUCCUUUGACAGUGACAAUCCAGCCUACAGAUACCGUUUCUUAGAACCAACUUCCCAGCUCCUGACAAGGCCAGUCUUAGACACCCAUAGUUGGGACCAUGAUUGUGGUUAUGAUGGUGUAAACAUUGAAAACAGCCUAGCCAUUAUCAAUCAAUUCCCAGCAGCUGUUACUGUUCAGAUAACAAAGGAUAAGAAAGACUUCAGCAUCCACUUGGAUUCCUCAGUUGCUGCGAAACAUGGGGACAAUGGAUCAACCAUGGCAGGCUUUGACAUUCAAAACAUUGGAAAGCAGGUAGCAUACAUUGUUAGAGGAGAGACAAAAUUCAAAAAUUUCAAAAGAAAUAAAACUGCUGCUGGGGUGUCUGUGACAUUUUUGGGUGAAAAUGUGUCCACUGGGCUGAAAGUUGAGGAUCAGAUAGCUCUGGGGAAACGCUUGGUAUUAGUGGGGAGCACAGGGACCGUGCGGUCUCAAGGUGAUUCUGCUUAUGGGGCCAAUGUUGAAGUGCGGCUUAGAGAAGCAGAUUUUCCAGUUGGUCAGGACCAGUCUUCAUUGAGCCUUUCUCUGGUGAAGUGGAGAGGAGACUUGGCUUUAGGGGCCAAUCUUCAGUCCCAAUUUUCUAUUGGACGAAGUUUUAAGAUGGCUGUUCGUGCUGGAUUGAACAACAAGCUCAGUGGACAGAUCACUGUGAGAACAAGCAGCUCAGACCAGCUUCAGAUUGCCCUUAUUGCUAUUCUUCCAAUUGCAAGGACUAUCUAUAAAAACUUUUGGCCUGGGGCUAGUGAGAAUUAUUCCAUCUAUUAAAUUGUUCUUUUGCUUGUGUUACUAGUUAAGGAAGUAGAUUAUGAGUUAAUCAUAUCACGUUGCUUCUUUUCAUGAUUUUCCUGAAUAAUGAGUAUUUUUAGUUUCGUCUAGACUAUUAGGUCUCCUGUAUUUUAGUGCAUUUAUGUGCCUGAAUAUCGUGCUGAAAUUGAGAUGGAACCUACAGGGAAUUUAUUCAUAAUUGUAUUAUUGGCUUUUAUAUGAGUAUUGUUAAUGUCAGAU